AUGAAUAAAUCUCAAAAAAGCAGUGAUAUUUCAAGUGAUUUUGAUGAACAUAACGUUUUUUCAGAUGAAGAAUAUGAAAUUUCUCCUCAAAAGAAAAGAUCUGUUAGAAGUGCAACAAAGCAAAAUAAAAAUAACUCUACAAGAAUUACAAGACACUCUUCUCAAAAUAAAGAAAAAAAUGAUGAAAAACAUGAAUCAGAGGCUCAAGAUAAAGAAGAAACAAAAAAGACAUCAACUAGAUAUUCUAGGCAUGAAAGCAUGCAGAAUUCUCUCUUUAUUGAAAAAUGGGCCGAUAUAAAUGGUGUUAAUAAAGCAUUAUUUGAAACUAUUGAUGAAGUGAAUGAAAAAAGUGAGUGGCCAUUAAGUUAUUUAGAAGAGGAAGUAUAUGAUGUGGAUCUCUCAGAAUUGGAUAUUUUUUUAAAAGCAAUUCCGUCUUUAAAAGUAUAUAUAGGUGCACAUGAGCCCUCAAAAUUGCAUAAUUUUGAGCCAUUUUCCUUUUAUUCUUUAAGCAAAACAUAUCCAUUGAAAACGGGAUAUAUUAUUCAUACAGGUUUUCCUAUAUGGGGAUUAGAUUGGUGUCCUGGAUGUUUAAAAGGAAAACAAUAUUUAGCAAUCUCAGGGCAUCCUGACUAUGAGACACAUUCAAUACUUUUGUCUACAUCAAAACCUAAAAAUUCUGUUAUUCAAAUCUGGUCAUUUAUUCCUGGACCUAAUGAUAAAUUAACCAAUCAACCUCUACUAGAAAUAUUCAUUUUUCAUUUUUUUGGUUCUGUUUGGGAUCUUAAAUGGUGUCCUUUAAUAUCAAAAAUAGACGGAAAACUCGGUUUUUUGGCAUCUAUAUUUAGUGAUGGCUGUGCAAGAAUAUUUUCAAUUCCUCUUCCAAAUAAAAUUGAUAAAACUCUAUAUAUGAAACUUGAAAAAGUUAAAUUAUCUCUAAAAAUUUACAAUACUAAAUGUACAUGUCUAUGUUGGAUAUCUCCAAAUAGGAUUGCUGUAGGCGCUUCUAAUGGUCAAAUAUGUAUUUUUGAUCUUGAAAAAAAAAAUCCAAAUAUUCCAAUUACAUCAUUCUUUUGUCAUAGUGCAUAUAUAAGAAAUAUUAUAUCAUGUUCACCUUCCUAUCCGGAUUUAUUAAUUAGUUCAGCAUAUGAUUGUACUGUAAAAAUAACUGAUAUUAGGGAUCCUUUAGGUGAUAUGGCAUUUAUACAGAGACAAAGAGCUAUGAAUUUUAUUGUUCAAUGGUGGGAUAAACUUUCAUGCAUUAUUCUUAGUGACAAUAUAUGUGGUUUACGUUUUACUUUUUUUGAUACUUUACAAUCUUCUAAUCAUAUAAUUUCUCUUGAUGGAACAGUUUGGGCAGCAGCAAUAAGUCCAGUACAUCCAUUUAUAGCGGUCGUUGGAGCAGAUGGAACAACUACAAUAGUUAAUUUCAUUAAAAAAACAUUUUCAAAAUUACGUCAGCCUCUUUCUAUUCGUAAAAUAUAUCAAUUAAGUAUUAAUUAUGAAGAUAUGAGUUAUCUUUUAGUUGAAAAUUUUAAACCAGAGAAAUAUCAAAAAGUUAAAUCUAGUCCUGUAAUAUUUCCUCCAGAGAUUGGAAUUACAGUUGUAUCAUGGAACCCAACUGAAAAGUAUGGUGGUUGGUUAGCAAGCGGUUCUGCAUCAGGAAUUCUUAGAGUUGAAGAUCUUUCAUUUUGA